AAAAGGCCCUCUUGAUCGUCGUGGGAAGCCGGCCCCCUUGGAAACCCAUUGGCUGUUUGUGCGUCGCUGCUCAGUGAACGGGUUGCUUUUUUUUUGGGGUACGGAGCUGAGAGGAGAUGCACACGGCACUCGAGUGAGCUCAACAGUUGGUGUUUCUGAAGAACUGGAAAAGGCCCUAUCACAUCAGGAUUGGGGGCCAAGGUGGAGCAGUAUUACUACAUUGAAUUGAAGAAGGCGCCCUUGGAUAUGGGGUGUCAUAGCGGGGAGACGAUGCGGGUCCACGCUCACACCAAGUUCUGCUUCCUAUGUGUGCUCACCUUCCUGUUCCACCAGUGCAGCCACUGCCACGGCGACAGCCAGCACCAUCACCACGGCCAUCACCAAGGCGACCAUAGCGGCGCUGGUCAACAUGAUGGUCACGAACACGCCCACAGUGACCUGCAGAUCUCCCAGGCUCCUUACGUUGGCGGAGGAGGGUCUGGCGGGGAAAUAGAUGCGCAGAACAGGGGGAGUCCCGCCGAGGUGCUAGAGCUGGAGCAGCGCUUCUACAUCCACCAACUGUUCCGGCGUUACGGCCAGCGCGGCCAGCUGGACUUCCGUGGAUUCCAGAGCCUGCUGCUCAGCCUGGGUCUGGGGGAGGUGAAGGUGGUGGGCUUGGCGCAUGAGGAGCUGGGCCACGAUCAUGUUGCCCACCUGGACCUGCUGGAGGUCCAAGAGGGGCUCCACUCACACUCGCCCACCCACGAAGAGCCAGGGCAUGGCCAUGGGCAUAGACACCAGCAUACACGGGAGAGGCCCCACGCACACUACCACCCACAUACAGAUCCAGGGCCAACUCACUCCUCCUGCAACCAGCUGGCGACCGGUGACGGUCCCACUGUAGAUGGUCCAUUGGAGGAUCACGACCACAAACAUGACCAUGACCACGGCCCAGUAAAAGACAGUGACCACAUUCAUGAUCAUAAACAAAAUCAUGACCACGAACAAGACAAAAAGCACAAACGCAAAGAGAGCCAACAGCUCAACCAUGAAGACCACAGCAACAAGACUCAGCCUCAUCAUCAUGAACACUAUCAUGAUCAUGACCUCAAACCCCACACACACCCCCAUCACUCACAAAACAACACAGACAGUCCUCAAGCACAUCAAGAGCAGCCAUCCACAGCCCCAGCACAGGCCCGCCAGGAGCAGCAACCAGGGGCCGAGGCUUCAGAGAUCUCCAUUGCCAAGCCCUCUGCCCCACUUACCCUACCUCCAGAAUCCAAGCCCAAGAGGCCAAGGAAACCCAAAGGCCAGUGGACCCGAAACCAAGACCACCAUAACCACAGUCAGGAACAUGACCACGUGCAUGGUCACAGUCUUAGUUCUGCGCCUAGGGGGAAGAGGGCGGCAGGUGAGCCCCACUUGAGCCCCACGUUACCGGUGCCAGCCCUGCCCAGGCAUCAAGAGGACGUUGUUCACCAGCAUGAGGAGUGUCUGAAUCUGACCCAGCUCCUCAACUACUAUGGCCUGAGUCCAGACUCCCGCAUCUCGCCCAGCCAGUUCACCUACCUGUGCCCGGCCCUGCUCUACCAGAUUGACAGCCGCGUCUGCAUCCGCCACUAUCACCAGGUGGACGUGGGGCAGGCCGCUCUGGAGCCAGCCAACUCCGUGUGGGUCUGGAUGUGGGGCUUUGUCUCCAUCACCAUUAUCAGCCUGCUGUCCCUACUGGGUGUAAUACUGGUGCCCAUCCUCAACCAGGGCUGCUUCAAGUUCCUGCUCACCUUCCUGGUUGCCCUGGCUGUGGGUACGCUCAGCGGAGACGCCCUGCUCCACCUGCUGCCACAUGCUCAAGGGGAGCACGACCACAGCCACGGUGAGUCGGGCAACGAGAGCGACACUAAAGAGGUGGACAUGCUCACUGCCUUUGACGGGGUCUGGAAGGGCCUGACAGCGCUGGCUGGAAUCUACUUCCUCUUCAUCAUUGAGCACUGCCUCAGCAUGUUCAAACACUACAAAGACGCAGGGGGCACCUUCUGUCGCAGGAAGAAGAGGGGCGAGGAGGCCAAGAUUGGCAGGAAGCUGUCAGAUCACAAGCUGAAUCGACGCUCGGACGCGGAGUGGCUUCACCUCAAGCCUCUCACAGAGGGUCUGGACAGCACGACCAUCUCCUGCGACAACGGCCACAAUGACACCCAGCUUACAGAGCUGCAGCCACCUGACUCGCCCAGCAACAAGACGCCACUGGCCCCUGCAGACUCACUUACCAAGGAGAACGGCCGUCGGCCCAAGAAACACGGGCACAACCACGGCGGGCAUUCUCACGGCGGUGGGCAUGGGCACUCACACGGCGGGAAUUGCCACUCGGACCAGGAGAUGAAAGACGCGGGCAUCGCCAGCAUCGCCUGGAUGGUCAUCAUGGGUGAUGGCAUGCACAACUUCAGCGACGGCCUGGCCAUAGGUGCUGCCUUCAGUGCAAAUAUUACCGGUGGCAUCAGUACAUCUGUUGCCGUGUUCUGCCAUGAAUUGCCUCACGAACUGGGUGACUUUGCGGUGCUUCUGAAGGCUGGCAUGUCGGUGAAACAGGCCAUUGUGUAUAACCUACUCUCUGCCCUCAUGGCCUACGUGGGCAUGAUGAUCGGCACAGCCGUGGGCCAGUACACACACAACGUCACCAGCUGGAUCUUCGCCGUCACUGCUGGCAUGUUCCUCUAUGUGGCUCUGGUAGACAUGUUACCAGAGAUGCUCCACGGCGACAGCGAGGAACACAAGCGCUGUCAGCUGGGCCACUUUGUCCUGCAGAACCUUGGCCUGCUCACCGGUUUCUCCAUCAUGCUGCUCAUUGCCAUCUUCGAAGACCAGAUAGUUUUUGACUUUGGCUUCUAGCGGUGGAGGGUGGGGUCAGUUGGUACGAGGGAAGGCGAAUGUGGGGUUGUGUGUCGGUGCUUGUGCUUUUUGGCCUUUAAAAAGUGCUUUGUUUGUUCUGUGGUGGUCCAGUGUCCUGCAUGCAUAGUGAUCGAGCUCUCAUUCAUGCUCCCUGUGCCUCUCCAUUCCGUAGAUCAAAGCAGUGGCUUAUACAUAUCCCCCCAUUCUGUUCCCUUUCUCUGUCCCAUUGAGUUAUUCCUUUCAGCUCCUCGGUUCUAUCCUAUGCUCCUUCCCAUGUAGCUUAGAUGCUGUACUGAAGGUACACCUCAAGGUUACUCUCACCAACAAACACCUCUUUAGUUGAUAUUGAUAAGGCCACCUUCCUUUCGGAGACUAGCUUAUGCAAGUAACACUUUGAUUACUCUCCCCAUUCCUCUGAAAACCAUUAUAGCAAAUCAAAAGGAAUGUCACAUUCCAAUUGGUCUAAAUACAUUUGUUGACACGAUAAGUUCACAUAUCGGCGGCUCGCCUCAGUAUCAGCAGGUGUGCUCCACUACCUUUGAGUUCCUCUCCUCAAGAUGGAUAAAGUAUCCACCUCCUAACCUGGAGAAUUCUCCAGACUGCUUCCCACCGGUGCAGGGCGCUCCCCUACAGAGAGGAAGUUGUCAUGGCCCAGCAGCCCUUUGCUCAUCCAUCAUAACCCUGUGCAGUGUGUCGUCUUAUGACGUUCCCACUCCCUUUAUCUGUUAUCAACCCUGUGGCUUGUCCCAUUUUACUUGCUUAGUGCACCUGUGGUGCCUUCCCAUUGCCCCCAUCCAUCAUAAACUUGUGAAAUCUGUCCCGCUGUGUAUCAACAUUUACUGUCUAAAGCUGUGCCAAGUCCAUUGUGGUGGCUUUGCCAAUGAACACACUGUAAUAGAGUAGCUAGGAGCUAGCUAGUCCAUAGACUCGGAAGUGUUAAAGGAAAGUGGUGCUAAAGCCCAAAUUUGUCCACGGGCAUUGCAUGAGUCAACAGGUCUGUAUUGAAGGUCUUCGCCCUGUUGCUCUGCAAAACUAUUGAGAACCACAGCUUAGCUAUGCAUUUUGCCAAAAAUGUGAACGCUACUACCCCAACCUUAAAAGAGCGAUUGCGUGUCUAAUUAUAAUGUCUGUGUUCAUUUGCAGCAGUCUCCAUAUUUAUAUAUAUUUUUGUCUUGUUUCUAUGGCUGAUUUGAGAAGCAUUGGGGGUAUUGAAGGUACCCAUAAUGCUACAUAGUGCUACGAAAGAAAAACGACUUUAGGUACUCACUCGGAUGUAGGCUCCAGUCAGUUUCAUUUCAUUAUGCGUGUUCAAGACCGAUGUUAAAUGUAGCCUCAGCGACGCACAAAGUAAACAGAAUAAUAUGUCAAUUUCCACAACAACUAAGAGUGUUAAAGCACAGGCCUCAAGUUCUCCACUGUUUUGGUCCUGUAGCUACCACGUUAUAGCGGUGUAAAGUGCACCCGAGCACAUGCUCAGAUACUCUGUGUGACUAUUGGAGAGCAGUCUUGCAUCUCGCUCAUCUCAAUAUCUGCGGUACUGAUUCAUAGCGCUGAGUCUACCUCUAAAAUGAUGUGGGAGAAAAAAGUUGGAUUACCUCGAUAUAUAUUAAAGAACCAAGAAAUAUUGCCCAACUGCAUUUGUAGGACUGAUGGUCUGUAAACAAAAAUCUGACAUUUUACAAAAUGAAACUUUGCAUGCCCUAAGUCCUAUGUGAAUUUAAGAAUAGUAUUUUCCUUCUGUGUCGAAGAAACCUGUUGCUUUGCGUUUACACCAUUGAGGGCACUAGCUUGUUUUUGUAGCCAAAUACAUGACCCAUGCAUUGUGUUGUGGUAUUUUCUUAUUUUUAAAUGGGUUACUGUAAGUCUUGAUUACCCCCAUCGCAAUCGGGCAAAGUCAGAAGUCAAUUAGAUUGAGAGCGAAUUAAGUAUAUUUAACUUCGUGCUUAUUACAUGGGGGUUACACUAUUUACCUUACCAAAAGACCCAAGUUGAGACUGUUUUCAGCAUCAUAAAUCUAAAGAGUGUCACAGUUAUUGUUAAACCCUGAGAUGUUUGGAUACUGUGUUGUGUAUCAUUCCUCCCAAAUCGGUUUAUAAGAAAGUACUUGUAUCAAAUAAUACAUUUUCCUGUGUCAUUUUGAAAUUGGUCUCUGACAAUCUGGAAAAGAACAAGCAUGUCAAUGGCCUUUUUAUCACUGCUAAAAAUAUGCUUUAUGUCUAUAUAUUUGAAUAUGUUCAAAUUAGCACACUUUGCACUUGUGUAAUUGAUAUUCGACUUGUAAUCAAACCGUAUAACUAUAAGGUUAUCAGAUGUUCCUUUGAUUCGUUUUUUUUUUUUUUAACAAUCAUUAGUUGUAUAUUUUUGGUUAAAUGGGUGUAUGUGAUAAGACACCACGCCGACUGUGCCAAAGUGGCCCAUUUGGGUUUUCUUUACCAUAAUUCUGUGCUUGCCGUCGCCUCCUGACAUUCCAUUGGCUGUCUGCUGCUCGAGUGCUAAGCUAGCCAGCCUGGCUGCUUCACCUGCUGGAUCACAUUGAAAUGUGCAACCUCCAUUUAUCCUGUCACUGUGUGACAUCCAUCGUCUUGUCUUAUUGGCUGUGAAUCAUCGUCAAUCACAUUAAACUAAUGUACUUGAUUGGAUCGAAUCAUGCAUGAGGCAUGAGUUAAAUGGAACAGGAAAAUGUUUUGGAUGUAAUUGUUUCUCUGCUUUUGUAUAGAAAAAUGAAAAAGACUAGUCAAAUGUUUUGUUAGUUUAUUUUUUAAAUAAACAGAUCAACUGUAGCGAUGAGGAAUUCUUUAGGGCCUGCUGAGCCUAUUGGUAGAGCUUUCGUGUUUUAGAACAAUGUUCAUUAAUUUUUCAUAGUCAGUUUUUCAACAUGAGAAAAGAAAAAUAUGUACUUCAUCGGCUGAAUAGGUGCCUGCUAUAAUGUUGCUAUAUUCUUUUAACAAUCAAUUUCUCAUGCAAUAGAGCUGGUUACAAGUGUCUAGCCACCAUUUAGAUUACCAUAAUCUCUUUACUGGACUAGGAGCAGCAAAUACAAAAUAAUAAUAUGAAGGUCCAUGGUUGUUUGGUUUUUAAUUUGAUACAUUGUUUACAAACCUGGAUAUCUAAAUGUAGUCAUUGCAUUUAUCAUCCUCGCUGAUUGUCUGUGCAUUCUGUCUGGAAAUGAAAAUAAAGUUUGCAAAGAGC